AUGGCCAAUCCACCCGAAACUUCUGAAGAAAACGAAACUCUCUCUCUCCGUACCCUCUGCACCAUGAGGUCCCUCCUCCUCCACCCUUCUACAUCAAAAAGCACCGUCUCCCACAUUCUCCAAACCCUAACCAGCUCCCCACACCCCACUACUCACUCCCUCAAGCUCCUCUCCGACGGCGCUUCUCGCCACCCCGACCUCGCCCCCACCAUGGCUCUUCCCACCGCCGAAUCCUCUCCCCGCCUCGCUGUGGAGGCCAUCGGCGCGUCCCUCUCGGGCCUCCAUCUAGACGACGCGCGCUUCACGUCGCUGUGCUUCGGCGCCUCCGUGCCCGCCCGCGCGUGGAUGCUCCGGAACGCGGGUUCGAGUUUCGAGGUCCGACCUGGCUUGCUGUUGGCGGUGCUACUGGGGUUCACGAAGGAUCCUUACCCUUACGUUAGAGACGCGGCGCUUGAAGGGCUCGUCCGAUUCAUCGAGCGCGGUGGAGAGUUGAAAGACGUUGGUUUGGUCGAUGCUUGUUACCGACGCGCCGUUCAGUUGCUUCGGGACUUCGAUCCCUGCGUAAGGUACUCUGCGGUUCGCGUGGUGGCUUCAUGGGGUAUGAUGUUGGCAGCUUCUAGCUCAGAGAUGAAAGCCUAUUGGUCCAAUGACGUAUUUGCCAAGCUAUGCUCCAUGGCAAGAGAUAUGAAUAUGAAGGUUAGAGUUGAAGCAUUUAAUGGCCUCAGAAAGAUGGAAAUGGUAUCGGAGGAUCUUCUUUUGCAAAGUUUAGCAAAGAGAGUUUCAGGACGUGGAAAGCAAAAGGAAACCGAGAGUCCGAGCACAUCUGAACAAUGUGUCAUGUUGGCAAGUAGUGUUGCUGGUGCACUAGUUCAUGGACUUGAGGAUGAGUUCUUUGAGGUGAGGAAGUCUGUAUGUGAGUCCUUACACACACUGACAAGUCUAUCUGCUGAGUUUGCACGUGAAGCGUUAGACUCAUUAAUGGAUGUGUUGAAUGAUGAUUCUGCGGUGGUUCGCUUACAAGCUUUAGAAACCAUGCACCAUAUGGCAAUUAAUGGCCGUUUAAAGCUUCAUGAAAAACAUUUGCACAUGUUUCUUGGAGCUCUGGUAGAUGAUAGUUGGGAUGUAAGAUAUACUUAUAGGAAAAUACUUAAAGUAAUGAAGCUAAACAAUCUGGCAUUGUUCAAAUCAUCUGUUGAUAGACUCCUGCGAAAUUUAGACAGUUAUCCACAGGAUGAAGCUGAUGUAUUUUCUACUUUUUCUCAUCUGGGCCGAAAUCACAAGAAAUUUGUAAGGCUGAUUAUGAAGGACACGUUUGAAGAGGUAGAAACGGCUUUGGAAGGAAAUGUAGAAUUUGAUAGUGCAAGGAUAGCUGCACUGUUAAUUCUUUCUAUAUCUGCUCCACUCUUGAAUGCUGAUGUAGGCAGAAUACCACCAGUUAUGUUUUCUUAUGCAGUUACGUUCCUAGGUAGAAUUUAUAAUGCUUUUAGUGAUAUCAUGGAUAGGGAUUCCCUUUUGGCCUGCCUAUGUGAGAAAAGCAGAUCUACAGAGUAUUCUGCAACAAAUAUUAACCUCACGGAAGGGGAGGAACAGUUGCCUUUAUUUGAAGGUGAUAAUGCUCCAAAUUUUUCUAGCAAUGAGGUCACUGGCGCACAUAUCACAAGGGAGCCGAAAGAGUUAGCAGAUAACCAGAUACAACAACAACAAUCUCUGAAUGAUGAAGUUAUAAAUUACAUCCUUGCAAAGCCCCCUGCUAUGUGGCUGAGGAUACAAUCAAGUCAUACAAAUGAAGUGCUAAGGUCCUUAAGGUGUUUGAAGGAAUUAGCUGCCAUGAAACAUGAUUCUUUGGGAUCUGGUGAUGCUGAUGCUUUGGCAUUUACUAUACUAUACCUCCGGGUGAUAGAGCUACUUGUUGAAGUAUGGGAGCCCUCGCUGCCAUCAAAAAAGUUGUGUUCUCAGCGAAUAGGAAAAAUGGAAUUCAAACUGGGAAAGCUUGAUAGGAGGGUUAAAGAAUUGAUGAGUAGGUUUAUAGGCUUGUCUGCGGAAGAGGAAUUGAACUUCUUGGAGCUAAUGUUAUUAACGUGUGCUCUCAGGAUAUGUAGAAGUGAAAUCAUCUGUCUUAAUCAUACAUUGAAGAGGCUGAAAACUCUAUAUUUACGUGUUGAAUCUAUCCUUAAAGAAAGUUCAGCGUUGCCAUCCAAUUUCAUAGUUGAACUUGGGAAAGUACUAAGUACCAUCUCAACCGAUGGAGCUUCUUACAGUCCACUUCAGUUUGAUGCAUGUCUCAAGUUUUUCUCUCUGAAGCAGUUUAUGUUUCAUGGAACAAUCAAACAUGUAAAGGCAGAACUAAGCAUUCCCAACAAUGACAUGGAACACCCUCUUCCCUUCGUUUCAGGGCUACCCGUUGGUGUACCAUGUGAAAUCACUCUCCAUAAUAUUUCAAGUGAGAGUAAGUUGUGGCUAAGGAUGACUUUGGAUGAUGGUUUCGUACAACAUGUCUUUCUUGAUUUGGACUGUUUUGAAGGCUCUGAAGUGGUAAGAAAAUUUACAUUUGUUGCGCCCUUCUACAGAACACCAGAAGCUUAUUGUCUUACAUUGAAGGUUUGCAUUGGUGCAGAAUGUUUGUUUGAAAAUGUUGGUCCAGUCCAAAGGUUUGGGGGACCAAAACAUGAACUAGUACUUCUUUGUAAAGAAAAACAAGUUUAUCUUUCCAAGGUUAAUAAAGAUUAAUUUAUUAUUA